AUGUCUCUGGUCAAUACAGGAUCCAUCAUAGCUUUGGCUUCGGGAAUUGAAUUGAAUUUUUCAAAGUUUAUCCUGCACGAACUGGUUCUUAAUAUUGAAGGAAACAAGAGACACAAAUUUGUGAUGUACCCAAGAUUUCUUCAGAUCAUUUUCAGCGUUAUGCAUCCUGAGCUGCAAAGAGGAUAUGAGACAUUGGAUCUUAAAUCUAUCAGUCCAAGUGCAUUUGGUUUAAUGAAGCAGAAAAGAGGAGGAAAGUUUGUUUUUGAAGGGAAAUUUCCCUUAAUAAAAUUUGGAAUUUUUGUUGAAGAUAGUGAUCAGUCAGACUCGGAAGAUCAAUCUAUUUCUACAGAGACUGAAGACGUUGUGAUGUCAACUUCUGAGCUGGAAAUUGAAGAGGUUCAUGUUUCUCCUAUAACUGUAGUGGCUGAGGAUCAUGAUCAGCUACAUCAUGUGGAAGUUGAAACACAAUCUAUCCAUGAAGAAGAAUUAAGAUGA